AGCAAUGGGAAAUCCGGAAAACUUAGAAGAGACAUACGUAGCUGUCAUUCGUCCAAAGAAUACCACCAGUCUCAAUUCUCGGGAAUACAGAGCUAAAUCAUAUGAAAUUUUGUUACAUGAAGUUCCCAUUGAAGGACAGAAAAAAAAGAGAAAGAAAGUUUUGCUGGAAACCAAACUACAAGGCAACAGUGAAGUAACACAAGGCAUAUUGGAUUAUGUCGUAGAAACUACCAAACCAAUUUCUCCUGCGAAUCAGGGUAUCAGAGGAAAACGAGUGGUACUAAUGAAGACAUUUCCUCUGGAUGGAGAGAAGAUCGGCAGAGAAGCCGCACUAUUCAUUGUGCCAUCAGUUGUCAAAGAUAAUACUAAAUAUACAUAUACUCCAGGAUGCCCAAUUUUUUACUGCUUACAAGAUAUUAUGCGAGUUUGUAGCGAAUCUAGCACUCACUUUGCUACACUUACAGCAAGGAUGUUAAUAGCCUUGGAUAAGUGGUUAGAUGAACGUCAUGCACAAUCUCACUUUAUUCCAGCUUUAUUUCGACCUUCUCCUCUUGAGCGGAUAAAAACUAAUGUCAUAAACCCUGCAUAUGCUACUGAAUCAGGUCAGACAGAAAACUCACUACAUAUGGGCUAUAGUGCACUAGAAAUAAAGAGUAAAAUGUUAGCCCUAGAGAAAGCAGAUACCUGUAUUUACAACCCUUUGUUUGGAUCAGAUCUUCAAUAUACAAAUCGGGUAGAUAAAGUGGUAAUAAAUCCAUACUUUGGUCUAGGAGCUCCCGACUACUCAAAAAUUCAAAUUCCCAAACAGGAAAACUGGCAGAGAAGCAUGAGCAGUGUCACUGAAGACAAGGAGCGACAGUGGGUAGAUGAUUUUCCUCUCCAUCGAAGUGCCUGUGAAGGAGAUUCAGAAUUGCUAAGCCGUCUUCUCAAUGAAAAACUUUCAGUCAACCAAUUAGAUAGUGACCACUGGGCGCCCAUUCAUUAUGCAUGCUGGUAUGGAAAAGUUGAGGCCACUCGCAUAUUGCUAGAGAAAGGAAAGUGCAAUCCAAACCUCUUAAAUGGACAGCUUAGUUCUCCUCUUCAUUUCGCUGCUGGAGGAGGACAUGCUGAAAUAGUGCAGAUUCUUCUAAAUCAUCCAGAAGUUGACAGACACAUAACAGACCAACAAGGAAGAUCCCCAUUGAAUAUUUGUGAAGAAAAUAAACAAAAUCACUGGGAAGAAACUGUAAAAUUAUUAAAGGAAGCCAUUAAUAAACCAUAUGAAAAAGUUCGAAUAUACAGAAUGGAUGGAUCAUACCGUUCUGUUGAGCUGAAACAUGGAAAUAAUACAACAGUGCAACAGAUUAUGGAAGGAAUGCGUCUUUCUCAAGAAACACAACAAUACUUCACUAUUUGGAUCUGUUCAGAAAACCUCAGCCUUCAGCUCAAGCCUUAUCAUAAACCCUUGCAACAUGUUCGUGACUGGCCAGAAAUACUUGCUGAAUUAACUAAUUUGGAUCCCCAAAGGGAAACACCACAGCUUUUCCUAAGAAGAGAUGUGAGACUUCCUUUAGAAGUUGAAAAAAAGAUUGAAGACCCACUAGCUAUUCUUAUUCUGUUUGAUGAAGCCAGAUAUAAUUUAUUGAAGGGCUUUUAUACAGCUCCUGAUGCUAAAGUGAUAACAUUGGCAAGUCUGCUGUUACAAAUAGUUUAUGGAAAUUAUGAGAGUAAGAAACACAAGCAAGGUUUCUUAAAUGAAGAAAAUCUGAAAUCUAUUGUCCCUAUCACUAAAUUGAAAAGUAAAGCACCUCACUGGACAAACCGGAUACUUCAUGAGUAUAAGAAUCUUAGUUCAAGUGAGGGUAUCAGUAAAGAAAUGCAUCAUCUUCAGCGCAUGUUCUUACAGAAUUGCUGGGAAAUUCCUACAUAUGGAGCAGCUUUUUUUACAGGGCAGAUAUUUACGAAAGCAAGCCCCAGCAAUCAUAAAGUCAUUCCUGUGUAUGUAGGAGUGAAUAUAAAAGGACUCCAUCUCCUCAACAUGGAAACAAAGGCUUUACUCAUCAGUCUUAAGUAUGGUUGUUUUAUGUGGCAUAUGGGAGAUGCUGAUACAUGUUUUCAGAUACGAAGUAUAGAAAAUAAGAUGAGCUUUAUAGUACACACAAAACAGGCUGGACUCGUGGUAAAACUGUUAACAAAACUAAAUGGACAGUUAAUACCUACUGAAAGAAAUGUAUGAAAGGAAAGCAACUAAUACUUAAGCAACAACAUUUUCUGCCACAGAUUUUUUUCAUGAAAGAUUUAUUAAUAUAUUACCUUUAUGGAGUCCUGGCAUG